CGUCGAUGAACGAACGUCUUGUUUGAACAUUUAUCUUAAAAAGUACAGAAUGAUAUAAAUAAAUCUGAAUAUGUUUGUACUCUCCCUUUCUGUGUUUUAAAAAAUAUUUCUUAUGUAACGUAAAACUUUCGCUCGAUUAUAUGGAACAGUACGCUUCAACCUAUGAGUAGAAUUUUAUUUUAAUCAGUUAGCGACUGCUAUCAUGUUGGGUCAACACGAUAGACACGAUAGAUAAUUACGCUAGUUUUGUAAAAGAAAAAAUGGAAAAAUGUAUUGACAAAGAAAACGUUAGUGGAAAGCCUAGGACAUUAGGAAAAUAUGAAGAUGUACAUUUAAGCGCAGGCAUUGAUGACGCCGAUGACGAAACUGAUCAAGUGGAUUUAUUUGAGAGAAAAGAAAAUGACGGAAUUCCAAAGGAUCGCGGCUGGGCAUGGUUUGUGCUGUUGGGUGCAACUCUCGAAAUGAUUUUACAACUUGGAAUGAUCAAGUCAGCAGGGAUCUUGUUUGUCGCCUUCCAAGAAAAGUUUGAUUCUAGUUCCUCGGUGACGUCUUUGUUGUCAACCGUACAGAACAUAUGUCAAAGCUUCAUGUCUUUUCUUGUGAUGACCUGUGGAAUCAAGCUGACAACUUACCGCAAUCUAAUGUUUUUUGGAAGUACCAUCAUUUGUGUUGCAUACAUUAUAACGUCCCAGGCCACGGAUGUACGAGUACUUCUAUUUUCACAUGGUGUUCUUCAAGGCAUUGGUGUUGGAAUGACACUCCCUACAACAGUUACAAUGGUGAGCCUUUAUUUCGAGAAGAGGCGAGGUUUAGCUAACAGCCUUGCCGUUAGCGGUGGACCUGUAGGGGGUGUCAUAUUCGCUUCUCUGAUAACGAAGCUAUUACCCUCGUACGGUUAUCAGGGAUGUGUGCUGAUCUUGGCCGGUAUUUUGUUGAACGGAUGUGUUAGCGGCGCGCUGUUUAGACCAGCUUCUUUCUACACAGAAAAAAUGUACAGGCGUAGAAUAGAAAAAGACGCAGAAAGCCAAGAACUCUUUCCUUCAAGCAACAAAAUCAAUGAUAAGUAUAAAUAUCCUGAUAUUGAAACUAUAGACCCAGCAGAAAGGAAUGAUAUGGAUCUCCAAGCACAAAUUUCAAUUUCAGCCUCCGUAAAUCUUGAAUUGAUUAAAAAACUUAAUAAAACAUCAGAAGACAAAUCCAAGGAGGAAUGUAAAGGACAAAAGAAGAGGAGUUACAGCUUUGAUGAUAUACAUCAAAAGCAAAGAUCUGAAGUAUUAUGUAGCAGAAUGAAACAUUCGUAUCCAGGUAUCGAAGUUUCCGUGGAAGAUAUUAGACAGACCAGUUUUGAUCGAAAUGAACGGGAGAAAACUGCAAACAGACCAGUUGGUGGAGUUAAAAUGAUUUUAUACAAUUUGUCUGAAUCGUGUAACUACAAAUUAUUAACAAAUCCCUUAUUCUUGGCGAUCAUGUUACAGGGAAGUUUCGUUUCUUCUGGCACCGUUGUUGCACCGACGUUUAGUGUACCAUAUGCAAAGGACAUGAAUGUUAGCGCGGAAGACCUCGCUACGUUAGUUACGACGCAAAGUUGUGUAGACUUCUUUUCACGAAUUAUUAUAGGAUAUAUCUCGGAUAAGGGAUGGCUUCGAAGAUCUACAAUUGUUGGCAUUGCAUCCAUAAUUGUUUCAGUGUCUUCGUGCUUACUACGUUUGUAUACGAGUUACAAUCUGCUAUUAGGAUAUUCUAUAGUUCUUGGACUGGUGUCAGGGGUUUAUUUCGCACUUUACACGGUGGUAUUAAUAGAUUACUUGUCUCUUGCGAAUUUUCAGACCUGUCUUGGAUUUAUGUCACUUGUACAUGGAUUCUCUGUUGCUGGUGGAUUUUAUCUUGUUGGGUACCUUAGAGACAUCACGGGUUCAUACGUUGUUCCUCAUUUGGUGACUGGUGUUGCUACCGGUGUUGGUGCGCUCAUCAUGUUUUCACUGCCAUUGUUGCAGCGUCUACAUAAAAAAUCACGACAUGGAAUGAAUUAAGAAAGACAUGAAAAGCCUUAUAGUUUUGGAAAAAAAGUUUUCAAUACCCUAGAAUGUACUUGUUUGGAACGAAAACACACACACACAUACAUAUGCACGCACGCACGCACAGACACAUGCUUGUGUACAACUUCUGAUAUUAUGAAUAUUUAAAAGAGCUUCAAGCUACUAUCCUCUCUUGGAGCAGUGUAUAUUAGGCUUUCUAAACUUCUAAAGUCUUUAUCUUAGUCAGAAUCGACCAUCGUUAAAAGUCUGAAUAUGUAAACCUUCAUUUCGUUUUGUUUAGCUAUAGUCAAUAACUGGCAAAGAUGUUAAAAUAUUAUUUAUAAAUGUACAUUUAUGACUGAAAGUAUCAUGAUAUGAAAUAUGAUUACUAAAGAGCCUUCUAUCUGAUAUUAUUCAAACGCUCAGAGACCCCGAAAAAGCAGGUUUGUGUUCACACUUGAAAGUUCCAAACAUAUUUGCAUGUCCAAAAUCAAAAUUUCCAUAUUAAAAGGAGAAAUAAGGUUCAUUUUAUUGUGUCAACGAAAGCUGUGUCGUGAUAUUAUUUAUUCAAUGUGUCAAACGAGGUUUCAUAAUAUAAGUUAAUCAUAUUCACUACGAAGACCAAUACAAAACAAACAAAUACAGUUUAGAAGUAU